CCAAGUCGUACGACUCUCCUCUCAUUAAACCCUGAAGCUAUCUCCAGCCAACAGCGACCGACUACACAGUAGAUGCACGAAGGAUUUAACCAAUACACAGCUUUGUCCGGCGAUAAACCAACAUCGGCAACAUCACCAACAAACAGCCAAGCACCACAAGGCUGAGCCCAACGUAAUCGCGCCUUGAUUACUCCCACUGUCGCCAACCUUGGCCCUGUCUUUAUCAGCAACGUCUGUUUUACCAGAACGCGAACAGAGCAAUCUGGAAACACAGAAUACCCUCGAGUCUAUCGUGACGACCGAUCUUGUUUAAUGUCAUCUCUGAAGCGAGCCUGAAGCUCAUUUACAAUGCAUGGUUGUGAAUCUUCAAGAGUCCCGCCCGUCGGGGUGGGGACGUCACUGUUCACCACAACACAAACGGCGACAGACCAGGAAGAAGACUCACACUCUUCGUCAAGCAACUCCCCGACAAGGGUGGAUUAUGAGGAAUUUGAUUUCUUCAUGAACAUGAACGAUUCGCAGUCCUCCAUCGGCGUACCAACGUCGGAUCCCGCGGCUGUACAAGACGAAUACAGUUGCCAGCCACCAAUCCAGAGACUGCCCGCCGAAAUCCUCAUUAAUAUGUUCUCGAAACUCGGAGCGGCGACGGACUUGCUAAACUGCAUGCUCACCUGCAAAGCAUGGGCGAGAAACGCGGUGGACCUGCUGUGGCUGCGACCAGCUUGCUCGACAUGGCCGAAACACAGCGUCAUAUGCAGGACGCUCAACCUGCCGAACCCAUACUUUGCAUACCGGGAUUUCGUUAAGAGGUUGAAUUUGGCCACUCUGGCAGACAGCGUCAAUGAUGGAAGCGUGACGCCACUCCAGGUCUGCACUCAGGUUGAGAGGCUCACGCUUACAAACUGCCAUGGUUUGACAGAUCAAGGUUUGAUCAGCCUCGUCACAGAUAACAGGCGGCUACUGGCAUUGGAUAUAUCGGGAGAUUCAAACAUAACGGAGGCUUCUAUCAAUCUGCUGGCCAAAAACUGCCGGCUACUGCAAGGGUUGAAUAUCUCCGGUUGCACAAAAAUCUCGAACGAAUCGUUAAUAAACGUAGCGGAACGCUGCAAGAAGAUCAAGAGACUUAAAUUUAACGACUGCCACCAGAUUGAAGAUUCUUCCAUCAUGGCGUUCGCGAAGAACUGCCCGAAUAUCCUAGAAAUCGACUUGCACCACUGCAAAAAUGUUGGCAGCGAGCCCGUAACCGCCCUCCUACAAUACGGUAGGAGCCUUCGCGAGUUCCGUCUGGCGAGCUGCGAGUUGAUUACCGAUUCUGCCUUCCUCAACCUGCCACCAACCCAAAUGUUCCACCAUCUCCGGAUCUUGGACUUUACAAGCUGUGUUAGACUCACGGAUAGCGCAGUCGAGAAGAUCAUCGAAGUCGCACCACGCCUGAGAAAUGUUGUGUUUGCUAAGUGCCGUAACCUCACAGAUGUGGCUGUCAACGCCAUCAGCAAACUUGGCAAGAACCUGCAUUAUGUUCAUCUGGGACACUGCAAUCAGAUUACAGAUGACGCCGUGAAGAACCUGGUUCACUGCUGUGCUAGGAUCCGAUACAUCGAUCUCGGCUGCUGCAAUCGACUGACAGACGCGUCUGUUACUAAGCUUGCUACACUUCCAAAGUUGAGGCGUAUUGGGCUGGUUAAGUGCCAAGCGAUAACUGACGAGAGUGUCUACGCUUUAUCCCAUGCUUCACGGAGAGUAUCGAAUCCGUCCGGUCCUGCGGAUCUUAUGUAUCCGGAAUUCCAUGGCGCAAAUAACCAUGUGAGUAGCUUGGAGAGAGUGCAUCUCAGCUACUGCGUCAACCUCACCCUUAGGAGUGUCAUCAUCCUAUUGAACAAUUGCCCCAAACUAACCCACUUGAGCUUGACGGGCGUUCAGGCUUUCCUGAGAACCGAUCUCGAGAAGUUUUGCCGGGACGCACCACCAGACUUCAAUCAGCACCAACGAGACGCCUUCUGCGUCUUCUCCGGCGCCGGCGUCACUGGGCUCGGACGAUACCUGAACGCAGAGAACAGAACGAGGCUAACACUGGCCCGGAUGGAGGAGGCCGAGGAGGCCGAGGAGCGCGCGUUGCGAGAGGCAUCGACACGGGCGACUGACGGCGGCGGCGGCGAUGACGACCAAGUCAUGACGGGGUUGAUGAGCGCAGCCACGCUUGGAGGUGGCCUAGUCAUGCCUGAAGGCAUAAUCGAAGUUCCAGAUGAGGAGGAGCUAGAAGACAGCGUGAUGACAGCCACGAACACUCCCACGCCCGCGGAUUCGAUCCAGCCAAACUGAGAUAUGAGUUUUAGCGGCGCAUUUUUACAGUUAUGCUGACAGACGCAUGGGGAACAUGCAUGCAGAGCGAGCACACGUAGGCGUAGUGUUGAAGCGAGGCAUUUUAGAUUGCUACAACGAUACGAAGGUAGUAGCGUACUGGCGUUUAUGGGAAGACCAUCGAGAUACCCGAUUACGACGACAUUAUUAGCAUAGCCAGCUAUCAACGAACACAUUAUAACAGCUGCCAGCGCCUACCAACAGCCCAUGCGAAGGUUACGCGGAGAUGGGAGAGCGUCCUGAGAGCGACGGAGGCGGUGCUAUAUAUCAGCAGAUUAUAAGCACCAGGGAGACGCGGGAAAGGCGGGCUUCAAUUUUAUUGUACUUGCUGCAUUGUUUUCAUGUAGAACAGACUUACUACACAGGAUACACGGGCCAUGGGCCACGCUCCACGGCGUUUUUUUAACGGGGCUG